CGUCAUCUCGACCACCCAAGCAUUUUUCAUCAACAACUACACACUCGCAUCAAACAUCUGUCCAAAUAACCUCACUAAACUAUCACAAUGGCCAGAACCAAGCAAACUGCCCGUAAAUCGACCGGUGGUAAGGUCCCUCGUAAGCAGCUCGCCUCCAAGGCAGCCCGCAAAGCCGCACCAUCUACUGGUGGUGUGAAGAAACCCCACCGCUAUAAGCCAGGUACCGUCGCUCUUCGUGAGAUCCGUCGCUACCAGAAGUCUACCGAGCUCCUCAUCCGCAAACUCCCCUUCCAGCGUCUCGUCCGUGAGAUCGCUCAGGACUUCAAGUCUGAUCUUCGCUUCCAAUCUUCCGCCAUCGGUGCCCUCCAGGAGUCCGUCGAGGCUUAUCUCGUCUCUCUGUUUGAGGAUACCAACCUGUGCGCCAUCCACGCUAAGCGUGUCACGAUCCAGUCCAAGGAUAUCCAACUCGCUCGUCGUCUGCGUGGCGAACGGUCUUAGAUGACUGGCGCUGUUUUUUUGCUUUUUACAUUUUGUUCCCUUUCAUGACGAAUGGUUUUUCUUGUUUGCUAAACCUGGGUGUUGAAACUUCUGUCUCUUAAUGACCGGCCUGGCUUUUCUUUUUCAUAUGGGUUUUUAGUUUAUCGGGUUUUUAUUUAUUAGCACAUUAAACGUGUUCAUCGAUCACAUAAAGUGACAAACAAGUGGCGGUUGGGAAUUCGGUCAAGGGCGUACUACAUUAUCGAUUCUUUUGUUGUACAUUACGUGCGCCUUUUUCUACCAGACAAAUAAAAUAAAGAAUUUGUCAUUCAAUACAAUACCUUUC